AUGAAGAGUUCCGGUUUAUGGAAAGGAUGCACAGUGUUACUCUCCAUCGUCAGCAUUGCGUUACUUAUUGCUGUAACUGUAUUAACAAUUCAACUGAAAGAAUUGGUGGCAGAAUCUGCGAGAGGGAAGACACAGCAGGAAGAAACAAAGGUUGUAUCCACCUAUAAGUCUCCGACAACUCCAACAAAAUCAGUAUUUGACACUCUCACGGAGGAAGAAAUCAUAGAAAUACGAAAUUUCAUGUUUAACCAACCAGAACUGAAUCUAGUGCCAAUUGACCAGGCCACUGUGUCGUCUAACUAUAUAUAUCUAAUAGAGUCCGUCUUGCCCAGUAAAAAGGAUGUAUUAGAACACUUAGACAGUGACCACACUUUGCCCGUGCGUUCAGCACGCGUGACUUGCUUUAUGGGGGAAAAAACAACUCCACGAGUUGAAGAAUUUCUUGUGUUCCCAAUCCCUAAAGUGAGUGGUUACACGCGGUAUAUCAACCCAGUACAACGGCCUGGCCCCAUUCCCUGGAACUCUAGACCUGACACCGACCCAGAAACUAAUGAAAUAGAUAAAAGGCUAGUUGGCCCGGUGAUGCUAACUCUAUACCCUGUACUUAAAGCGACAUACGGUUAUUGGUACCACAACUGUACUGACAGAUGUAUUUUCUUCGUAUAUGCUGCCAAGGGUCUUGUUGCAGGGGACAGGCAAAUGUACGUACGGGGAUUCCGUGCUAAAUUAGACGGCUACUAUCUGUGGCCUAUGUCUCUUGCUCUUUUAGUUAAUUGUAAUGGUAACGACCCGUCCAAGUUUAAGCUCACUAAACUUUAUUAUGAAGAAAAUUCAUUCCACACUGCCCAAGAGUUACUGAUUGCUUACAACAACGGCAGCAUCAAGAAACGCGUCUACGGAUAUCCUCCGACAGGACCCACGUAUGGGUCUCCCGACCUUCGAGGAGAGAGAGAGGCUAACUGGAAGAAACUACCCAAGCAAACCGAGCCAGACGGAAGGCGGUUCACUGUGGAUGGACAGAAGGUGAAAUACCUGGAUUGGGAGUUUAACUUCAGACUGAGAGCUGUUACGGGGCUUCAGGUAAUGGAUAUGCGGUACAAGGAUGAGAGGAUUGCGUACGAGGUAAGCAUGGCGGAUAUUAUUGUGCUGUACUCCGGGAAGGAGCCGGAAGGUCUACAGGCCAAUCUGCACGACGCGUCAUGGUCCAUCGGAGCACGCCACCGACCGCUUCUUAGGGGCUACGAUUGCCCCGACAAUGCACUUUAUUUCAACAACACAUUUUUUGACUCCGGCACAGGAACCGCACAGGUUUUCCACGAUGCCCUCUGCCUGUUUGAACACAACACCGCCCUGCCCAUCAGCCGGCACACGUCCGUUAAUUUCUACGGUUCUGACAACCCAAAAUAUCUGUAUAAGUACAACAUGCCCGGAUCUGUUAUGAUACUACGUGGGAUACCAACUUUAUGGAACUAUGAUUAUAUAUUUGACUUUGUGUUUCACCCUAACGGUGUGAUGGAGACCAGGGUGGCCGCUACUGGCUACGUGCAGCCGUGGAACUGGUCGCCUGGCGAAGCGGAGUCGCCAUAUGGAAAUUUCAUCAAUCGAGAAUUCGGUAUUUUGGCCAACUUACACCACCACCUGUUCAAUUUCAAAUUUGAUCUCGAUAUACGCGGGCAGCUGAACCGUUUUGAGACCUGGGAUAUCACACUGGAGAACAGAACCAAUCCACUGGCUCCGGGAAAACGGUGGUAUCAGACCAAAAUGAAUCGAACUCUGCGCAAGACAGAGAAGGAAGCUCUGGUGAGUUAUAUAUUUGAAGAACCAAAAUACUACGUCAUAUGUAACCAGAAAGCGUACAACUCGGUCGGCUAUCCAAAGGGCUAUCGUAUCUUCUCAAACAGUUUCUCUAAGCAGUUGCUACCUGAGGGGUGGCAGGCAGAGAAUGGUUUUUCGUGGUCACGUUAUCAGGUUGCUGUUACGAAAUUCAAAGAUAACGAAGAUACCACAGCUUCGCUCUACGGACAAGCGGAGCCCUACUGUCCUGUCCGAAAGUUUGAGAAGUUUUACAGCGAUAACGAGAAUAUCGUGGAUCGGGACCUCGUGGCCUGGGUCUCUCUCGGUCUUCAACAUAUCCCUGUCAUGGAGGACAUCCCUGUAACCACAACACCAGGAAAACAGCUCUCUGUGGUCCUCGCGCCACUUAAUUAUUUCGAUGAAGACCCUACUUUGACGUCACAAGACGCUAUCGUUAUUCGUCCUGAAGAUUAA